UAUCCGCCCGGGCCGCGGCACUUCCGGAAGUGACGUAGGAGUGUCAACAUGCAAAAUGGCGGCCCAUCACCGGCAGAACACGGCCGGGCGGAGGAAAGUCCAGGUUUCCUAUGUGAUUCGAGACGAAGUAGAGAAGUACAAUCGAAACGGGGUCAAUGCCCUACAGCUGGAUCCAGCUCUCAAUAGACUUUUCACUGCCGGGCGAGACUCCAUCAUAAGAAUAUGGAGUGUCAAUCAGCACAAGCAAGAUCCCUAUAUAGCUUCUAUGGAACACCAUACCGAUUGGGUAAAUGACAUUGUACUCUGUUGUAAUGGGAAAACAUUAAUAUCUGCUUCUUCUGACACAACUGUAAAAGUAUGGAAUGCACAUAAGGGAUUUUGCAUGUCAACAUUAAGGACACAUAAGGAUUAUGUAAAGGCCUUAGCAUAUGCCAAGGAUAAAGAACUGGUCGCAUCUGCUGGGCUGGACAGACAGAUAUUCCUUUGGGAUGUGAAUACUCUCACAGCAUUGACUGCCUCAAAUAACACUGUCACAACUUCUUCUCUAAGUGGGAACAAGGAUUCCAUUUAUAGCCUGGCAAUGAAUCAACUGGGAACAAUUAUUGUAUCAGGAUCCACUGAGAAGGUUUUAAGGGUUUGGGAUCCAAGAACUUGUGCAAAACUGAUGAAGCUUAAAGGCCACACGGAUAAUGUGAAAGCCUUGCUGCUGAACAGAGACGGCACCCAGUGCCUUUCUGGCAGUUCUGAUGGGACGAUUCGCCUGUGGUCCCUGGGCCAGCAACGAUGUAUUGCGACUUACCGAGUCCAUGACGAAGGCGUCUGGGCUCUGCAGGUCAACGAUGCCUUCACGCACGUGUACUCUGGAGGAAGGGACAGGAAGAUUUACUGUACAGACCUAAGGAACCCUGACAUUCGGGUGCUCAUUUGUGAAGAAAAAGCACCUGUUCUCAAGAUGGAGCUUGAUAGAUCAGCUGACCCACCUCCUGCAAUCUGGGUUGCAACAACUAAGUCGACAGUAAAUAAAUGGACACUGAAAGGAAUUCAUAAUUUUAGAGCCUCUGGAGAUUAUGACAAUGACUGUACAAAUCCUAUAACACCCCUUUGUACCCAGCCUGACCAGGUUAUCAAAGGGGGUGCUAGUAUUAUUCAAUGCCACAUUCUCAAUGAUAAGAGACAUAUAUUAACCAAAGAUACCAACAAUAACGUGGCAUUUUGGGAUGUAUUAAAGGCCUGUAAAGUUGAAGAUCUGGGAAAAGUGGAUUUUGAAGAUGAGAUUAAGAAAAGAUUUAAGAUGGUGUAUGUGCCAAAUUGGUUCUCAGUAGACUUAAAAACGGGGAUGUUGACUAUUACUUUGGACGAGAGUGAUUGCUUUGCUGCUUGGGUUUCUGCAAAAGAUGCUGGCUUCAGCAGCCCUGAUGGCUCAGAUCCAAAAUUAAAUUUAGGAGGACUUUUGCUGCAGGCACUCUUAGAAUAUUGGCCUAGAACGCAUGUGACUCCCAUGGAUGAAGAAGAAAAUGAAGUAAACCAUGUGAACGGGGAGCAGGAGAACCGCGUGCAGAAAGGAAAUGGAUACUUCCAAGUGCCCCCACACACACCGGUGAUCUUCGGGGAGGCUGGAGGCCGCACCCUGUUCAGGCUGCUCUGCCGAGAUUCUGGGGGCGAGACGGAGUCGAUGCUUCUUAAUGAGACGGUGCCACAAUGGGUAAUUGACAUCACUGUGGAUAAAAAUAUGCCCAAAUUCAACAAAAUUCCUUUCUACCUCCAACCUCAUGCAUCUUCAGGAGCAAAGACCUUAAAAAAAGAUAGACUCUCCGCCAGUGACAUGCUGCAGGUCCGGAAAGUAAUGGAACAUGUUUAUGAGAAAAUCAUCAACUUGGAUAAUGAGUCUCAAACUACUAGCUCUUCUAAUAACGAAAAACCAGGAGAACAGGAAAAAGAGGAGGAUAUUGCCUUGUUAGCAGAGGAGAAAAUUGAACUUCUGUGCCAGGACCAGGUUCUGGACCCUAAUAUGGACCUCCGAACAGUGAAACACUUCAUAUGGAAGAGCGGUGGCGACCUCACCCUCCAUUACCGUCAGAAAUCCACGUGAAGGGUGUGUGAGCGCUCCUGGGUAUUCACUGACUGACCUUCCUCGGGGGCCCCCCCGAGAGUAGUCCGAGGAAGCCCACUGAGCCCCCACGGGAGCAAGACUUCUAACGGCCGGUUUGGUAUGGACCGAGAUUCUCUCAAUCCAAGUGACUAAUCGAGAUGUAAUAUAGAAUCCAGUCUCCAUGUGUAGAUUAAGCUGUCCCCAGGGAGGCCGCACGCGCGUGCGAGGAGCCCCAAGCUGGCGUGGACCCGUGAGCUGUGCAGAGACGCGACAACAGGCCAGUGCAGACUCUGCUUCCUUCUGUGCCCGGGGACCCGCUCUCUUGUCUGUUAGCACUUGUUAGAGACUCCUCGUAGGGCCCUCUCUGUCACUGUGUCCCCCUAAGCCCACACGCUCCAGCUUUUCUGAAGAGUACAUUCCAUUCGUGCGGGACCUAUGAAGGCUUUUUUCCAAGUUUGUCAUUAAAAAAAUGUGUUUCCACCGUUUAAGGCAGUUAUUUUUUUAGGGAUUUGCUGUUGCACAAGAGCCAGCCCAUCUCACAAUAAAUUUUAUUGCUGGGCUUGUUUCUAAGACUGCCCCUCAGCUGUGUUCUGUUCUAUCAGGAAGAUCCGGUGAGAUGCCAGGCACUGCUCCCAGAGUGUGCCCGGCUCCUGCUCAGCAGUGCCCGGACU